GUGAUCAUUCCUUUUGGAGGCUUUUGGCAGCAGAAACCAGUGGCAAUAAUCAAGUUUACAAGUGCGUCAGUGAUUAAAGGUAUUCGAUUGAGGAAGUGCGAUUUUUAUAUGUUUCAGGACCAGUUCGUUGCCACUUUCAGAUAUAAAGAUCCCCUAAUGUUAUCUUCAAAUGUGUAGGUUGUCCUUGAGCUAUUUAUCGUGAGGAAACAUGCAAAUUUGAAAUCUAAGAUUCCAGCGUUCAUGGCGCCUUACAAAUGUGCUGAGUUUGCCACGUUUGCGUUGCUGGGAACUCGCGGAAAGCUCUUCUUCUUCACCAACUCAAGGUUACUCCUUCUGAAGAAGUCUAUUCAAUUAGGGAUGUAUCUAAUUUUGUUAAACUUUCCUAAUUGAAAGUUCGUUAAAAGUGUACGUUAAAAAAUGUGCUCUUUCGAUUUUUUGAUUUGCAUUGUCUGUGCCUUCGUUGCAUUGCAUGUUUUCUCAAAUGUGAGGUGUUAUAAGCGAGAUGGUAUCUUAAAACGUGAUACGAUGGAUUGUGUACGUUUCCGGUUAACUUUUCCGAAUAACUGACGGAUUAGCCGUCGUAUGUGGAACACUUUAACUCUAGGAAUGUGGAAUUUCGUUCAAUAGACCUUUUACGGGAGUUACUGCAUCACGGGCGACGAGCGGGGAUAGAAAAAACGACCCAAAUACGAGUGGUCAGUGGUGAAACAACUUUCUUACUUCAUAUAUAGACAGAUCAUUUGUAGUAUCAGGAAACAAUCGUGUUGUAAAGCCGAAGUGUAAACAGUUUACUUCGCUAAGUAAAAUGUUAAGCAAUUCAAAAGUGUUGAUUGUACAUAUAUCUUUUACUGCUUUAAUAAACAAUGAAGGCAUCGGUGGCAUCCGAAAGGUAUCAAGAAGAAUUAAAUGUACGUUUUGUAGUUGCAGAAAACAAUCAUGUUGUAAAGCCGAAGUGUUACCAAGUUACACUUCGCUACCUAAAAAGUUAAGCAAUUUUCCUCAAGCUUUAACUGGAACAAUACUUUUAAUGCUCUAUUAACCAAUGGAGGCAUCGGGAAAGGCAUUGGUGACACCGGGAAAGGCAUCAAGAAGAAUGAUAUUCAUGUUAUGUAACUUGUUGUGUGACAAAAAAAACGUAUCUUGACUUGUUCAAAGCAUUAAUCACAGUUGGCUUCCUUUUCACUUGAAUUUUGUAUCCACAGCCUAAGAUGAGAAAUUUAAAAUUUCUAUCAGCUGAAGUUCUUUUACUGCAUAUUAUAUCUAUUCAAUCGCCCCCAAUUCACGUGGAAAAAAGGCAAGUAGGAAAACACUGAGCUUCGAGAAACAGCCAUGUUAAGGCCAAUGUAUUUACCAUUCCUUAAAUAUUUACAAUCGAGACCACUCAUUUAGGAGACCUUUUCUCAAAAGAUCCACACGUGCAAAUAAUGCUGUUUUCUGUUCGAAAUGUUUUUCUUCCUAUUCAAUUGAACAACUGACUUAGCGUUUAAGCUGAGAAAAAAAUCACAAAGUUUGAAUUCUGGGAUGUUGUCCACUGUUGGCUCCAUCAAGUUACGAUUCUGCACCAUUGACGCUUGUGAAAAUCUAUCUUAACGUCACGCACGUCACGCAGCUAGCUACAAACCAUAUAUAUAAUUAUUCUUGGUGCCUUUCCAAAUGCCACUGACUCCCUCUCCGAAGCCUCCAUUGUUUAUUAAAGCAGUAAAAGAUAUGAGUUCAAUCAACACUUUUGAAAAAUUGCUUAAACUGUGAAGUAAACUGUUAACAUUUCGGCUUUACAACACGAUUGUCACUGGAACAACAAAUUAUAUGUCUCUAUAUGAAGUAUAAAAGCUGUUUCACCGCUGACCGCUCAUAUUUGGGUCGUUUUUUCUAUCCCCGCUCGUCGCCCGUGAUGUAGUAACUCCCCCUUUUUACAGUUCCCAGCGCCAUAUUGGAAAUGCAACCGCGCACACGUGAGAACGAGGCUGGGGUUGACUCAUGUUAAAUCUCUGUGAGCGAUUUUGGUGAAAUUCAUACUUAGGCAGUAAAAUUGUUCGAUUUUUAAGGAAAAUGGAUGGUCCAAGCCGAAAUCUCGAUAAAGCUAAUUUUUCUCCCAAAAAGAAAGGAGAGUAGUGUGCUGCUUUUGGUUGUUCAAAUACAUUUUAUAGCCCCAAUGAUUUACCUACGAGCUUUCACUUCAAGUUUACGCACGGAGGCAUGUAUUUUUGCUAAGUAUUUAUCGUUCUAUACUUAUUUUAUUCUCUUUGAAUUAUGGAUGAGGGUGACUAUUGUUGCAAAAUUAGUACAAAUUUUCAAUUAGGUACCUGAAUUGUUUUAAGUUCAAUAGAGUUUUUUUUCAUUGCGGCAGUUAGUCAAUAAGUUCAGUACUGCUCACCUGUUUACUAAAUGGCUUGCCUAAAACACUCCUAGCAGAGAAACUCUUGGAAAGAAAUUGCUUUUAAUAAAAUAACCAAGACACUGUAUCUUCAGAGUUUUCACUUAUUAUGGCAAACCCAGAAAACUGACACAAAUUUGGUAGCAAUUGUGACGAAAGCAGUUUUCAGUAGUUGUUGUUUUUGUUUUUCAUGAUAGCUUAGUAAUCCACUUUGGAUGCCCCAUGGAACUCUCAAAAAAUAUUUUGUGUGCUUUAUGUAUCAAUCAAUUUGAUGCUUUAAAUUGGAAAAAAGGAAAAGCGAGUUUUACCAACUGAAAGAGUUCUCAACACAAAGAUGAACUGACUCUAAAUUUUAUUAUUCACAAAAUUUUCCUCAUAAUAAAAAGUUUGAUAGAAGUCUCGCAAAAUAUAAUUUCUCAUACAAUUCGAUGGUCUGAAAGAUUUUCUUUCAAACAAAUCUUAUAGUGACUGUAACAGUAUCGAAUAAAUAUCUUUAUUUGGAUAUAUUUCUAAAUCUUUUAAGUAUUUCAAAAUUAUAUUAUCAUAACAUUAGUUAACACAAUGCAAUAAAAACUAGUAUAGCAAACCUUUGUGUCAGAAGGCCUCUGAAUGCUAAGAAUGGGAAUAUCAAUUCACUGAAUGUUUAUCACUGACAGAAACUUAAAUGUGUGUGAAGGACUAGCAUUGCUGAGAUCAGUAGCUGAGAGGAAGCAUUUCUGCUCUCUUCCUUUAACCCUUAAAUACCCAAGAUCUGAUUGUUAAUUCUCCCUUCUAGUUGCUGCACAUUUACUUGUAAAUAAGUUAUGAGAAUUUGAUGUAAGAUCAAGAUAACUUCUGCCUGAUAAGUUUCGGUAUUAUCAUUAUCUGUUUGCUAGAUAGUGUUUGGAUAUUAUAGGGAGAAGUUACAUGAAUCAGUCACUUUUGGGAGUUUUUAAAUUGUCUAAUAUUUUGGUCUGAUUCUGUCAAUGCUGUCUUGCCAGCUAAUAAACUACCAUGAGUCGUGAACUCAAAUGGUUUUCAGUGUAUCACAAGCAUAAGUUGUCCUGGGCCAGAUGGGUUUCAAAAUAUUAUGACAUCUGUUGGUUACUGUUUCCCUCAUGGGUUGAUAGAAAGAAGGUUAUAAUCAAGUGGCUGUACAGGCUCUAUUGUAUAGUUUCCCUUAAGAUACAAUGUACAAAUGGCAAACUAAAAUACAUCUUGGUAAACAAAAUGGGAAUAACUUUAAUUGAAGAAUAUAGUACAACAACAAGUACCAUGUCAACAACAGCAGCAAUAACAAAUCUCCUCUACCUAACGGGCUAUAGCCUUUGCCUUGCUUUCUAAGCCAUACUGAACAACUUCUGUGGUACUUCCUGUGAUGCAUUCCUCUUAACACGAUGUGGUGAUAUUCUCGUGAAACAACGGGGUAAUCAUAAAGCUGAAUGAAAUUAAUCUCAGGUAAAUUACGGAGAUUGCUUGACCAUCCUAAUAUUUUGGUUAGUUAUUUUGAUAAUAUUUACCAUAGUUGCUUCGUAUUUGAAGUUGCUCUGGUUUUGUUCUAGGUCCUGGACAUCUGUAAGAAGUUCUUGGUUUUCUCCAUCACUUGAUGGAAGGAUGUGUCACAUCAGCAAAGCAUAAACUUUCGACACUAAGUCGGCUCUAAUUCCGCCCGUCGAUUUUGAAUUAGAUUUCUAAAUCUCCCUGAGAUCUUUAGCUUCGAGUUUCUGGAUAUCAUCUAAUGACCAAAUUUCCAUAUUGUUGUAGUAAAGAACCAUUUUGAAGGGAGAAAUCGCAUUGAAAAGUGCAUUAGAACGUGAAAUGUCAGCAGAUCAGCUGUUUGAAAGAACCGCCGGGUCAACCCCAGCCUCAUUAUCAUGUGUGUGCAGUUACUAAUCCAAUAUGGCACUGGUAACUGUAAAAAGGUCUAUUGAAAUGCUUAGUACAUUAUGGAAUCUUGCUCAUUGAAAAACGUCACAUGGGAAAAUGCAAAUAAGCUAGAAAAAGAGUAUGGGUAACUUCACGCAGGCCUGUCAAUCUGACUGCCAAUCAUGUAAUCCCCCACUCAGACAAGCGAAACGUAGGGCUAUUCAUCAAAGAAGAAUAGAUGAGUAAUCUCAUGGGUCAUGAGUAGCACUAUCUUAUUUUAGGCUGUAUUGUUUUCAAAUUGGUCAGAUGUAAAAUUAAAUUACCUUUAAAAUGUGGGGUUUUUAAUUUGUGUUAAGACUAAAAUGCAGCAGAUUAAGGAUUGCUUCCAAUUGCAUGGUUGGUAUAAGCUUACAGAUAAACACUUCACACUCUUUUGAUGUGCAAACAAAAAAGAAAAGACUUUCAUCACUUUCAAACAAUAGUGAUUGCUCCAAUUGUAUCUCCAUUGUCUCUAAACAAUGAAUCCAUGCAUAAGAAAUGUAUUUCAAAUUUUAUAUUUGCAUUUCAUUUUAAACAUACUGUGAGCCAUAUCCUCCUCCCCCAUGAAGGUGAAAUGGAAACAAUGGAACGCCCCUUUGUUUCCCUCCUGUUCCCUUGCUUCCGUUUCACCUUUGAAGGUUUUGCUCAGUGUUUUUUUAGGUGAUAAAUCUCUGACUUACACUAACAAACAUAAUUCUUAGAUUACAUUCAAACCAAAAUAUCUCAAAUCAAACAUCUUGUCAAAAAUUGUAAUUAGAUCCCUUUACAGAAAUGAAAGACCCAACCUUGUUUCUAGGGUCCUUUCUCUCUUCCUGCUUUAACUCUUGAACCCCUAAGAGUGACUAACAUCUAAAUUCUCCUUACAAUAUCACCCCUGAAUCACACAUUAAGGUCAUGAGUUUUAGAAUGCUAUUAUGUCAUUGGGUUGGUUGGUAUAAAGUAGAUUCUCAGUUUCUUGUUGAGCUAAAACAGGCCAAAAAGGGUUUUUUUUUCUCUCCUGGAGAGAUGGGGAAUUUGAAUCUUGUCUGGGUGGGUUGAGGAAUUUGAACUAGAACCAUUAAAUCUUUCCAGCAAAAUAGACAUGUUUUUUAAUUGAUAUGGAGGUGUUUAACAGUAAGAAGUUUUCAAAUGCUCAGGGGGUGUCAGAAGGGUGGAAGGGAUGUUGAAACUUCAAAUUGAUUGAUGCAUUACUGACUUUGCUGCAGUUCAAAAUGAUGGACAAGCAUGAGAUAGAUAGGUAGAUAGAUAGAUGACCUCUAUUUAUAAAUGAUAAUAUUUUAAGCUACAAUCUUGUGGGGUUGUGUGAAGAGAAAAGGAAAAUUACAUGUUACAGGAAGAUAAAUUAAAUUUGAAAAUAGAAAAUGAUAUAUAUUGUAACUUCUAAGUAUAAACAAAAUUAGUAUGCAUAAGGUGAACAUAAGAAGCAGAGACUUGAAUGUCCAACUUCUUAUUCAUAGUAGCAAACAGUGUUCUUUACCACAGCACCGCAAUAUUUAGGCAAGUCUUUCAUGUAUCUUUUUUGGAACCAGAGCACUAUUAGAAAGGUCAUGUCCCCUCAGGGAGUAACCAUUUGAACAACAGUUAAGGGUGUCAUAGCUUUUGUGAGAAACAGGCGAAGGAAUAUUCAGUUUGUUUUUCUGUCAUAAAUGUGGAAGAGAAUUGGAUAAUAAGGAAUAAUGACACACUAAAGAGAGGUAGAUAAUUCAGCAGAUGAGAAAUUUGGCAUAGAGCAUUGCUUCAAAAGAGGAUUUUGACCAUCUGUGUUUUGGUAAAAUAUCAUGGUAUUUCUAUCAAAGUGAAUACUUUGAAAAGAAGGCUCAGUCAGUAUAGGUUGCAAGGAAGAACUCAAGUUCAUUCAGAGUAUACUCUGCAGGAAGUGAUGCAACAUCAAUUUCAAACAUUUUUCUGGAUUUCCUGACAAAAAUUAUUUGAUCACAAAUUAUUUUUUUGUUUUUCAAAAAAAUUAUUUGUGGAUCCAACAAUUCAAUUACAAUUGGUAAUUGUUUUUUAGACUUGAAAAACUUUUAAACUACAAUUUGAACUAUGUUUUGGUUUUAAAAAAUAUAUUGAGAUUGUCUUUUGUCGCCUUCAGUAGAAUCCUGUAGAAGAAUUUUGAUCUCUGCAAUUGCUUAACCCUUUAACUCCCAGAAGUGAUUAACUUGUAACUUCUCCCAAUAUAAUGCACAUAUUAUCCAGCAAACAGGUAACAAGAAUACUCAAUCUUAUCAGGUAGAAACUGUUGUCUUAAUCUAACACCAAAUUCUUGUCACCAAUUUGCAAGGAAAUGUAUAGUAGCUACAGGGAAGAAUUAACAAUCACAUGUUGGAAGUUAAAGGGUUAAACACUUUAUUCUUUCUUCUGUUUUCUCUAUCUGUUUAGGAUGUAUGAAGAGGGUGGUGGUCAGAUGACUUGCUAUUGGUAUGUUCUGAUAUCAUUAAAACUGUUUUUAAUUGUCUUUUUUUGAGAGGAAAUAAUUCAUUUUACAGUGCCUACUUUAAGGUACAUUUUCAAUACCAAAUCAAGAUGGGACUGGACACUAAAUUCAGUAAAUUUUGUCUCAAACCAUUGAAAGAAAUAUUUACUGACAUAUUUGUUGGAAUGACUUGAAAUUGUUAUAUGGGAUGUAUGAUUCUACACAUAAUCUGGGAAAAAGACUUUUAGUUUGCUCAGUGCCAUGGAAUUUGUGAAAUUUCAUGGAAUGAAGGUGUGUGUUUAAAAGGCCAUCUUGGAGAAAAAUCUUCUCUAAAUCCAAGCCAAUUUUUAAUACCACUCAAAAUGGUUUGGCACAUGCACAAAGAUGGUGAUAAAGAUUUUCAGAGAAGUCUGCCAAGUAAUAUUCAAUUUGACAAUUUUACAAUCCCAUACCUUCUCAUUCAGAAAAUUUUCUCAGACCAUGGUAUACUAUGUUGUAAAUGUUCCUCGCCACCAGGAACCACAAAAAUAUGACAUGAUGUGGGAAUUAACAACUUUCAAUCUAACACGGUGUGACAACACAAAAUCUGUGGUUAUUCUCUAGCUUAUGGUUGUGAUGUGUUUCCAAAAUUGGAGAUUUCAUCAAAAUUCUCAGAAUAAAAGGCUAAAAAAAAUGUAUUUGUGUUUUCGUUGCUUGGAAAGUGUAAGUAGUCAGCUACUGUAGAGCUCUUUCCUGAGUUCAAUCCAUGAUAAGAUAGCACUUUGUUUUUCAUUAUCACAUUGUUACUUACUAGGAAAUGGAUGUGUCAGAAAUGUCAUCUAAAGGAAAUACCCAGUGAACAGCAAACACCAUUAGACAAGGAUCUUAUCUCUAUUUGCUGCAAGAUUUGUCCUUGGAAAAAAAACUUCUCAUUUUGAUAACAGACUGUUUUCCAAUUGUCACAUUUUACAAAAAGGAAACUUAAACAAUGAUCUUAAAUAUAUGAGAAAAUGAAGGCUUCCCAAAAAGGUCAAGUUAGCCUCUGGUACUGCUUAAGUGGUCUCAACAACACUCUAAGAAGAAAUGGAACGCUUAUUAAAUAGACUCAGUGAACUCACAUUUUGUAUUGUUUUUUUCCAGCAUAAUUUUUCAAAAUUAAAAGCUUCCUGCGAUGUCAAGGCUACAAAAGGUAGUAAGAGGGAUCUAAAUCUGUUACAAAUACCAAACUUUGAUUUUGACAAAAACAUUAAUUUAUCCUCUUAUUUUUUCACCUAAAUGUCUGCAAUGAAACUACACGUACCAAUUUCAAAGUGAGUUGAAGAGGAAGACCCUUAAAGGAUAAUUUUCACUUUCCUUGUAACUGAAAUGGUUGUUAUCAGUGUAGAUUUCUGAAGCAACUUAACAUUUUCCUGGUUUAACUUUGUCUCAAUCUACAUGUAUCUGACUCUUUGGCAUAGGAUAAAACUCAACUGCAAGUUUACAAAAGAAUUGACUUGACAUAUUGAGUGGACAUCCAUUAUGAUUGUGAUUUAUUAUUGUUUUACAGCUUAUUGUCAAUACCAUUCUUGUUUUGUUGUUGUAGGAUUCCACCAUUCCUAGUGUAGCCUCUACAUCACAGGAAGACCAGGAAAGUAGGACACUGAAAGUCACUUUGCUAAGUAGUGAGUGGAGAUCAUCAACUGAUGGGGACUUGUCAACUAUCAACCGAGAGCUGGCCAUCCAGUUAGCUAAACACCCUAAUGUGGAUGUUAGUAUCUUGCUUCCAAAUUGCAAUGGAGAGGACAGGAGCAGUGCUGAAAGUCAUAAUGUGAAGCUCAUUGAAGCAGAUAAAACUCCUGGUGUAGAGCCAGUUCUUUGCCUGUCAUCUCCUCCAAUAAACCAUACAAUGGACUGUGUCAUUAGUCAUGGCGUUCACCUUGGCCAACUAAUUCCACUCCUCAAGAAAAAUCCUAAUUACAGUCUUUGCAAAUGGAUUCAAGUUGUUCACUCUGCUCUUGAAGAAGAUGGAAUGUACAAAAACAUUUCAGAAGGUGAAAAAAUGCAAAAAACAGAAAUCCAACUCUGUAAAAUGGCUGACCAAGUUAUCACAAUUGGACCCAAGCUGGCAGAAGUUUACAAGCGUCACCUUUGUGGAGCUAAACAAGAAAAAAAAGUUUUUGACCUCACUCCAGGCAUUUUCUCUGAAUUUUUGGAAGUAGAGCAAGCCACUGAAGAAAGAGGAACAUUCUGUAUUCUUGUAAUUGGAAGUGGUGACAGCUGCGAAGAUUCCAAUGUCAAAGGGUACGAUAUAGCUGCCAGAGCAAUUGCUGAGUUGAAAGAUGAAUCCUACAAACUCAAAUUUGUCUGCCCAGCUGGAGGUAAAGGAGUUAUUGUAGCAAAAAAAUUGCUCCACUGUGGUAUUAGUCCUAAUCAGCUUAUUGUUCGCAGCUUUGAUGAUAGCAGAGAGGUGCUGGCUGACUUAUUCUGUGAAGUGGAUCUUGCAAUAAUGCCAUCCAGGACAGAAGGUUUUGGAAUAACGGCUCUGCAAGCGUUAUCUGCUGGUCUUCCUGUACUUGUCAGUGGUAAUUCAGGACUUGGAGAAGCUCUGAAGGAAGUUCCUUUUGGCCCACAGAGUGUGGUAGACUCUGAAGAUCCUAAAGACUGGGCUAGAGAAAUCAAGCGUGUCCGUCAGAAAGAUAGAGAAGUGCGACUUUCAGAGUCAAGAUCUCUACGUAAAAAGUACAUGAAGAAGUAUAGCUGGGAGGAGCCUUGUAAGAGUCUUGUGAUAAAGAUGAAGAGUCUUGUCUUUGGUAAAUUAACUUAAAUUUAAAUGUUUUAGCCUUAACUUAUCUAAUAACUGAUAAACCAGGUAAAAUACUGGUAAAAAGUUGAAUCAGCCUUAGGUCAACUUGGACCUAUGAUAACCAUAAAUUUUUUAUAGACGUAAAUCAAACAAAUAGUCAAAAAUUUUAAAUAUUCAGGGAGAGUUGAACUUAAUUGUUAUGUAACAAUCUUACCCAUAAGAUUAGGAACAGUGUUGCAGAGUUUUGAAAUGUGUACUUGGUAAAGUGCAUUUGCAUGGGAAAUACUUCAAUGUGUAGUUAUUUUACUCCAGACAUAAAGCAGGUACUGUUGCAAGUUGAACAAGCAUGGUCAACCCAUUUGGUGUCUUUUUUAGAUUUUAGAUUGACUAAGAUUUAAAAAAAACAAAACAAAAACAAAGGAUGCGAAUAACAGUGUCAGAGUUCCAUGCCAAGUUUUUAGUGUGAAUGAUGCUUAAAACAAGCAAAUCCUAAUUUAGGGUAAUUUAGCAGGAUCAACUGAGUUGAUAAUGUAAGAAUGGCCACCAUAAAGAGUUUUAAAGCUGACAUUUUGAGCUUUGGCCCUUUGCCAGAACUUUUAAAUAAAGUUUAGGUAUACUCAGUAUAAUUUCGCAACAAAUUCUUGAAAAAUAUCCUAAGCUUUGAGAACUGUUGUUCCCUCUGCUCCCAAAUACUCAAUCCCCAACCCACAUAUUUGUUUCUGAUUUCAUCUUAAGCCAUAUGCCAUGAUAUUGUCAGCAACCGGUCAUUUACAUGUUUAAGAAUAAAGUAAUGAUCAUUAAAUUGUUUUUCUUUUAGGUGGGAAUGAACAAGUCAUCCAUAAUCUUCAACAGUGGCAACAGGAUGCCGGUAGAUAUAAGAUCAGCAGCAACACAGACCCACUCUCAGACUUAAAGAAGAUUGCUUCAGGAAAAGGCUAUAGAAUUUCUGACAAUCAAGGGUCAGGAAAUUGUAUGUUCUAUGCCUUGUCAGAGCAACUGGAGAUUGUCAAAGGAGUAAAGAUCCAUCAUUUUGACUUAAGGCAUUCCUUAGUUCAGUAUCUAAGAGAGCACCCAAAACAGGUGAGUAUUUGGUAUAUGUAAUGUGUAGAACAGAUACUACAAAUGAAUUGUUAUUAAAACAUUCUGAAGACUUUGAUCAGGAAAAAAAUCAGUGUGUGUGAUACAUGAAGUUGAAGUUGACAUGAUUAAAAAAGACAACUUGUCUUUGCAUCGUUACAAUAUCUUUCUUUCUUGUUGUAACUUAUUGCUAUGUUACUUUAGAACAGCCAUGGGAAGUAUAAUGCUGAUGAACUUGUUUAUAAUUAUUCAUUUAAAUUAAUCUUUUUGGCUAGUAUAAUUUUUGAGAUAAGAUAUCAUGAUGUUGUAAAAAAUUACUCAAUAUAACACACAGCGAGUACUAUUAAAGACUGUUAAGCUUAUUGCAACUAUAGAGUUGAAACUAUCUUUGAAUACUUUUGAAGGUGAUAUUUAUAAUUAUAUAAAAUUAUUACCAUAUUGAGUCAUUACUAGACCAAAUGCUCUAUUACUACUAAUAUUUCAUGUUAUCUUGUUGGACUCUCUUCUAAAGGUGGAUGGAACAGAUUUGUUUCAUUUUGUUGAUAGACAUACAACAUGGGUUGGUUACUUAGCAGACAUGGAACAAGAUGGCACUUGGGGUGAUCAUGUGAUUCUCUGGGCUGCAGCAAACUGUUAUCAAAUAGCCAUUCAUGUGAUUACUAGUUUUCCAGGCCAUAGUGAGGUAAUUAUCAAGCCAGAUUGUCCAUUUGACCAAAGCAGGCAUCUUGUACUGGGACAUGUCCAUGAAGUACACUAUGUUAGCCUUCAGCCCUUGCAAGGUAAGGCUCAGAACAUAACACAUUUAAAAAUUGGCCUAUCCAUAAAUUUUGCAAACAAGAUAUUUCAAAUACUAUAACCGAGUGCAUUCUACAACUGUAUUUUAGUCCUAUACAGCUACAGGCUGUACAUUUACAUGUACAUAGGAAUUGCCAUUUUAUAAAAGCUCGCAGAGCUGACUGUUUUGCUUUAUCUGUGAUGUGGAUAGACCUCUGUCCUUAUACAUGUACUGUAUGUUUUGUUUACCCAUUUCAGGUCUUGUGAUAUUCACCCCAGAGAACUUUUUCUUUCUAUUUUCUGGUCCCGUUUUAUGAGUAUGAAUUACUUUUUUGCAGUAGUUGCAUUUAUGAUUUGUAACAACUUUUUUCUUCAAACAAAGAGUUAUUUCAAGUAAGAGAAGGAAACUAUAGAAUCUGAUUUGAAAAGUUAUUACAUGAGGAUCUUACUUGAUUUUACCAAUAAAAAAUUUCAAAUUUAUCAAAUCUAUGGGAACUUCUUUUACAUAUUAAGAAGUUCAGUAUAUUCCAAUGAUAUAUGUGAUUCCUUCACUGCUGCUACUACAAUCAUGAUCUACUUGCCAAUGCAUACUGUUGGCAGUUGUUGCUAAUGAUUACUAUGGCACAAUAUCUUCGUAAUUACUAUUACAUCUAGUUUGUUUAGAAAAUAAGGUAACUAUACCAGGGACGGAUAAGAGACCAGCAUCUGUCAGUGCGGAUCAGUCUCGCAAGCGACACAGGAAAGAGUUGGCUAUUCAUGACUACUGUGAAGGUAAAUUGUGAGGGCAUGAGGUGAAAAAUGCAAUCCAAAAUCCUUCUUUCAUCUCUAGCUCAUGAAAACAAAAGCAUCAAUACAGGUUGGUGCUUAUCAGGCAUUUUUGGAGACAAACGCCUUGUUACCCCCUCUGUGUAGAUGCAUCUUUCUGUUCAGUUAAAUGGGACAUCAAGUUUACCAAUCAAUUGACAUAACCAGUUUUGACCACCAGACUAUUUUUGUUGAAAAAUUAUUGUAGACAGUUGUACAAUGGUAAACAAAUUGCUUGAUUUCUAAGUUGCAUUACCUAAAUGCAAAAUUAGAGUUAACAUUAACCUUCAUAAUAACAAUUUGAAUAAUGUAGUAAAACUCAGAUUCAUGAGGAAACGUUUUAAAAACAUUUCAGCAUGACUCAAGCCAUCAUUAGUUUAAUUGUUAAACGGUUGACUUUGUUGUGACAGGUUGCAUGCAAAUAUGUAACAAGUUUCAAACAAAUACAAUAUUUGAAAUUAGUACUGUUACAAUAGUUGAAUUAGGCAAUAGCUACUGCACACAAAUGUAGUACCUGGAAAGAAAGCUAAACAAACAAAAAAGUACAAUUAUGUUGCAACUGAAUAUUAAGUCUGGUUGCAAGCAAAUGUAAAAUGUUUAAAUUUUUGAUAAUAAAUUGUUUUGGCUGAGUCUAGUAUCUGAAAGCACUCAGUGGAACAUUUUUGCUUACAACUUGGAAAAGAACAUAUGUUUGCCACCACAAGAAUGCAUACACUGGCUUCUGAUAAAUUUCUUUUAUAGUUUUAUCCGUUUCAAGUAUAAAAAAGGUCUCAUUUAUACAUUGGUAGAUAGAAUUUUCAAGAUAAAAAGAAAAACAACCUCUGGUGUGAAACAAGAUUUUAAAAACCUUUCAAAUGCACUUCAAUUCAACUCCAUUCCUUCUUACCUAAUUGACAAAAUAAUAAUAAUAAUAAUAAGAGUAGUAAUCUAUAAGACAUGUUUUGCAGCAACCUCCAUGAAAACAAAAGUGUUAAUAGGUUGAUAUUUUACAGGCAUUUUUGGAGACGAUCUCCUUGUUUUUCCCUCUGUGUAGAUUUAUCUUCCUGUUCAGUUAAAUAAGACAUCAAGUUUACCUAUUGGCACAUCCAGUUUUGACCACCAGAUUAUAUUUGUUGAAAAACUCUUGUGGACAGUUACACAACAGUAGACAGAUGGCUUGAUUACUAAAUUGCAUUACCUAAAUACAAGAUUAGGAUUAAUUCUCAAUAAUCAUUGAUUUCUGGCAAUUAUAGUGAGCUUGCUGUACCAGGUGUUGCUAGUGUAAAUCAUUAGCUCAAAUAGGGCCUGCAGGUUUUCCCACCAGAUCUAAAUUUAUGUUUGUUUGUCAAUCUCUUUGACUGUCACAAGAAAAUUAUGAGAUGCUCUGCACACUCUUAUUUUUUACAAUUCACAGUUAUGAUUAAUAAACAAAUUCAAACUGAUUUAGCACAGACAUGAAUUUCCACCUGUGGGUAAUAUUCCUCAAAACAGUUAAUAAUUACAUAGACAAUCAUUUUAUGUGGUCAACUGUUACUCCUGGGUUCAAAUUGUUUGCCUUUCUCUUCACUGGAGUGCUCUGUUAUAUAGUCCUUCUCAGAGUGUCUUGGGAAGUAUUCUUCAAUCUUGAAUUUUUAAAUGGCUUUUAAAAAACCACAUUAUGGAGAAUGUCAUUCUCAUGCAUGGCAAAGCCUUACUCUUGAUUCUUUGAAGAUUUAAAUGUUAUUUUAAAUUUUCAAACAUACAAGGACUUAACAUGCUUUAGUAAGAGUUGUUUUAAAAAAAAUUCUUCUUUGGUUUUAGGUAACUGCCUUGCCAUCAUUCGCCAACUUCUGAAAAAUGAGUACAACAGGCGAUCUCAGUUGAAACCACUCCUCUGGGAUAAUACCAUUCAGUUGCCUUUGGAAGACGUUUACACAAGAUUGAAAAUUUUGUGCAGAAGAAAACAAGAUUUCUUGCUAGAAAACAAUGAAGUGAACAUGUCUGAAAUUUUUAAAAGUGGAGAUAACAAUCUUGUGCUAGUAGAAGGGAGCCCUGGAGUAGGCAAGACAACUUUUUGUCUUAAAAUUGCCCAUGAUUGGGCUAAUAAGGCAACUUCAAAGGUGGAUUCCUUUCCUCAAUUUGAAGUAGUUUUAUUGCUCAAAUGCCAUGAUAUUCAUGGAGACAUAGUAGAUGCUAUUGAUACACAACUAUUAACUGAAAGUAAGAAGAAUGCAGAAGCUAUCAAGAAAGAGCUUAUUGAUUAUAUUGAAGAUUUCCAUAACCAAGAAAAAGUUUUAAUAAUUCUGGAUGGUCUUGAUGAGUUACCUGAGAUGUCAGAAAGUUGUGUGGAUAAAUUGCUUCAAAAAAAGAUUUUUCCAUUUUGCUAUGUCUUAGCCACUUCAGGCCAGGAAAAAGGAAUUGUCGUGCGAAAAAAGGUGAACUUUGAUAUGCUUUUACAAAUUGAAGGCUUUACACAAGAAGAUGCUUUUAGUUAUAUAAGGAAGCAUUUUAAGAAUACAGGUCCUGAGAAUGUGUCAAAUGGAGAGAGGCUCAUCACAGAAAUGCAAACAAACUCUUUCCUUGAUGCACUAUGGAACAAUCCACUGAAUUUGUUACUCCUUUGCAUUGUGUUUGAGGACCACAAGGGAGAACUGCCAUCUUAUCACACUGAACUUUACCAGAUAAUUCUUUGUUGCCUUUUACGAAGAUAUUGUGCCAAGCACAACCUGGAGGCUCCUGCUGAUGACGAAGCUCUAACAAGGCACUUUGAAGACAGUUUGCUGGUUCUUGGAGAGUUAGCUUGGAGAUGCUUGAAAGAAGAUCGAUUUUCAUUUCGUGAGGAAGAGUUGGUAGAAUUUGAAUCUAGACAUGAGAGUCUUGCAGCUCGCAAACUUGGUCUUGUGUUCAAGGAAGCCAGCCUAAGGAAGAUAAACCCACAGCAUGAGUAUUUCUUCUUUCACAAGACAUUUCAAGAGUAUCUGGCUGCAUUUUAUCUAGCACAUAUGCUUUUGAAACAAAUGGUUGAUUUUUCUGAGUUGGACUUUUACGAGGAUUUGGUAAAGAGGUACAGACAAGUGUUUGUUUUUAUGUCAGGUAUUCUGGGCGGGGAAGCUGGUCUUCUUUUUGAACAGAUUGGCAAGAAGCUAAAGUAUGAAAACUGGGACUGGUGCAAGUGCUCUGAGGAAGGGGCCACUUUCUUUCAUGAAUGUUUCAGUGAGAGUAGAAAUUAUGAAGAAGUGGCAAUGGCUCUUUGUUCCUUUAUUCCGUUUCCACAGACUGUAACUAUUGACUUAUCAGAUGAGGCUUUAACAACAGAGUGGUUCAUUAUUUUGAAUGCCUGCACAAGUUUUUCGCAGUUACAGCUUCCUGUUCAUCUAGCAAUAAGAAAUUUGGAUUAUAACAUUUGGGCCAAUGUAAAUAGUGACCUACUAGUUGAUUUCAUGGCAUUCAACACAAGGCUACAAACACUUUCCUUUUCUGUUAUGUAUAUGACAGAGGAGAUUGCAACUCUUUUGUGUAGAGUACUCAGAGUGGACUCAACUGCAUAUUCCUUUACUCUUGAGGUUACUUGUUCCAAUAUUUCCUCAGUAGAAGUUGAUGCUAUCAGUGACAGCUUGGCUGCAAAUAAGACCUUGACGACCGUAAGUUUCCAACUGCCUUGUAAGAUUUUAGAGGAUUACGUUGCCAUACUUGACAAAGGACUAUCUGCAGAUACGCCAUUGACUUCCAUUGUACUCAAGACUUUUGGUCCAUGGACAGAAACUGAAGCAGAACUUUUAAGAAAGAUUUUAUUGAACAGAUCACUUACAUCUCAAAGCCUUGCUGUUGGUGGAAAAAUGCGUGAUUCAUUAGCAACUUCUGUUAGUGAAGGACUUGUGGCAAAUUCUUCUGUGAAGUCCCUUGCACUAAUUUUUUGUGGAAAACUCAGCUACAGUGGUUUGAGUUUGUUAAAAGAAGGCUUUUUAGGAAACACAUCUUUGGAGUCUCUGCAAUUAAAAGUGUUUGGUGAGCUUCCUACAAAUUGGGCGAAUAUUUGUGGGACUCUACAGUCUGCAAUAAAGUCAACCACAACCUUUACAGUGUAUCCAAAUGUUACUGGCAUGGUUGGAAAUUCACAGUUAGCUUUCCUUUGCCCAGUCCUGAAAGGAAACAUUUCAGCUUCAAAACUACAUUCAGUAACUGUCAACAUUUGGGGAGAGUUAGAUUGCAGUGGAGCAACUGAUCUAUGUACACUCCUCAUAGCUUCAUCGGCUUCAUGUGUCAAUUUGAAUAUGAACGGAAGAAUAACUGAUAGCGUUGCUGACUGUCUUUUUAGGCAUUUUAACAAACUCGACACCUUGUCUUACCUGAGUAUUGACAUUUGGGGGGAGGUGAUGGGAGACGGAAAGAACACUCUUCAAAGGCUAUCAAGCAACCAGAUAUACUUUUUUGCGUUUAAUGUUCAUUCCUUUAAUUCAGACAACAAGAUUUGCAGAGAGGUUUGUUUAUCUACAGAUGAUUCUUCACCAAUUACACCGGUAUUUGCCAAAGUUAAGGAUGGUUGUGUAACAAAGCUUAAUGUGAGCAUAAACAACCCUGGCAGCAUCAGUGAAGACUGGAAAUGCAACCUCUUUGAGGGUUUGGCAAAAAAUGAGUGUGUAACCACAUUGAACCUUGUAUUCAAUAACAUUUACUUUCUUAAAAAGAGAGAUGCUCUGGGUGAUGGUUUGGGGGAAAACACAUCAUUGACUACGCUGAGCCUUACAGUCAACAAUUACAAUUACAUGCAAGGAGAUUUGACAUGUGGUCUGGCUUAUGGUUUGGGGGAAAACACAUCAUUGACUACGCUGAGCGUUACAGUCAACAAUUACAGUGAAAUGGAAGGAGAGUUGACACGUGGUCUGGGUGAUGGUUUGAGGAAAAACACGUCAUUGACUAUGCUGAGCCUUACAGUCAACAAUUACAGUCACAUGGAAGGAGAUUUGACUUGUGGUCUGGGUUAUGGUUUGGGGGAAAACACGUCAUUGACUACGCUGAGCCUUACAGUCAACAAUUACAGUCACAUGGAAGGAGAUUUGACACGUGGUCUGGGUGAUGGUUUGGGGAAAAACACAUCAUUGACUAAGCUGAGCGUUACAGUCAACAAUUACAGUGAAAUGGAAGGAGAGUGGACACGUGGUCUGGGUGAUGGUUUGGGGAAAAACAUGUCAUUGACUACGCUGAGCCUUACAGUUAACAAUUACAGUGAAACGAGAGGAGAUUUGACAGGUGUUCUGGCUGAUGGUCUGGCAAAGAACACAUCGGUUGUUACCCUGAACCUUACACUCAGUAACUGGAAUAACUUGUAUGAAGACUGGAUACAUGGACUGGUUGAUGCUUUGGUAACAAACAUGUCAUCAACUGCAAUUAGCCUUGAAGUAAAU